CUCGCGGUUCAUGAAUUCAGUGAUGGUGGAAAAUGGCGGCUAGAUGAGUCUUUCCACUCCUACAGAGAAAAGAAAAAGUGUGUGGAAAAACUCUGGAUAUAUAUAUUUGGAAUAGCGACAACAACACUCACGGGCGUCUCACAACACCUUCAUCAGUGAGGAUGUCGCGCUGGGUGCCCACGAAGAAAGAGAAGUACGGAGUAGCCAUCUAUAACUAUGAUGCUCGCAGUGAUGAAGAGCUUUCCUUACAGAUCGGGGACACUGUACACAUUCUGGAGACUUAUGAAGGAUGGUAUCGAGGGUAUCGGCUGAGGAGAAAAUCGAAGAAGGGUGUGUUUCCGGCUUGUUACAUACAUCUGAAAGAGGCCACGGUUGAAGGCAGUGGACAAAAGGAGACGGUCAUUCCUACUGAGCUCCCGCUGGUUCAUGAGGUCACGACUACGCUGCGAGAAUGGGCGACGAUAUGGAGGGACCUAUAUGUGGGCGACAAGCGUGAGAUGUUCAACACGGUCCGAGACAUGAUCUAUGACUUGAUCGAGUGGCGCUCCCAGAUCCUGUCCGGCACGCUCCCGCAAGAUGAGAUGUCGGAGCUCAAACAGAAAGUCACCUCCAAGAUGGACUACGGGAACAAGUAUUUAGACCUGGAUCUGGUGGUUAGAGAUAAAGAUGGGAAUAUUCUGGAUCCUGACCUGACCAGCACUGUCAAUCUGUUCCGAGCGCAUGAAGCCGCGUCCAAGCAGAUUGAAGCUCGCAUCCAAGAGGAAAAGUCUCAGAAGCAGAACAUGGAUUUGAGCAGGCAGGCGAAGUUUGCCUCCACACCCUCGUUUGCCUUGUUCGUCACGCUCAAGAAUGUCGUGUGCAAAAUCGGAGAAGAUGCAGAAGUGCUGAUGUCACUCUAUGAUCCGAUUGAGUCGAAGUUUAUCAGUGAAAACUAUCUUGUACGCUGGUCCAGCUCAGGUUUGGCGAAAGACAUCGAUCAGCUGCAUAACCUGCGUGCCGUAUUCACGGAUCUGGGGAGUGAAGACCUGACGAGGGAGAAAAUCAGUUUUGUUUGUCAGAUUGUUCGAGUGGGCCGAAUGGAGCUCAGAGAUAACAACACUAAGAAAUUAACAUCCGGCCUCCGCAGACCCUUCGGUGUGGCAGUGAUGGACGUCACAGACAUCAUCACGGGCAAGAUGGACGAUGAGGACAAGCAACACUUCAUUCCGUUCCAGCCGCUAGCGUUGGAUGACGCCAUUCGCCACAGGCAGCUGAACAUCUCCCGUUUUUCACCCAGGGUGGCUGGCGAGAACGACUUCCUUCAGACAGUCAUCAACAAGGUCAUCGCUGCCAAAGAGGUCAAUCACAAAGGUCAAGGUUUGUGGGUUACACUGAAGUUGCUUCCAGGUGAUAUUCAUCAGAUCCGUAAAGAUUUCCCUCACCUGGUGGACCGUUCCACCGCUGUCGCUCGCAAAAUGGGCUUCCCAGAAAUCAUCAUGCCAGGUGAUGUUCGUAAUGACAUUUACGUGACGCUGGUUCAGGGGGAUUUUGAUAAAGGCAGUAAGACGACACCCAAGAACGUGGAGGUCACCAUGUCUGUACACGAUGAAGAUGGAAAGAAACUCGAGAACGUGAUCUUCCCUGGUGCAGGAGAUGAAGGCAUUCUGGAGUAUAAAUCAGUCAUCUACUACCAGGUCAAACAGCCACGCUGGUUUGAAACCUUCAAGGUUGCGAUCCCGAUUGAAGAUGUCAACAGGAGUCACCUGCGGUUCACGUUCAAACACAGAUCGUCUCAGGACUGCAAGGAUAAAUCUGAGAAGAACUUUGCUCUGUCGUUUGUUAAGCUGAUGAGGUAUGACGGCACGACGCUGAGGGACGGAGAACACGAUCUCAUCGUCUAUAAGGCAGAAGCCAAGAAAUUGGAGGACUCCACCAUGUACCUGAGCUUGGCCUCCACCAAACCAGAGAUGGAGGAAAGAAAUCCCUCGUCAGGGAAGAACACGCAGAAUCUCGGCAGCUUCACCAUCAGCAAAGACUCGUUUCAGAUCUCAACUCUGGUGUGCUCCACCAAACUCACACAGAACGUUGAUCUCCUGGGGCUUCUGAAGUGGAGGUCCAACACUAGUUUACUACAGCAAAACCUGCGUCACCUGAUGAAAGUGGAAGGAGGGGAGGUGGUAAAGUUUCUGCAGGACACUUUGGACGCCCUCUUCAACAUUAUGAUGGAGAACUCGGACAGUGAAACGUUUGACACUCUUGUGUUUGAUGCUCUGGUCUUCAUUAUUGGACUGAUCGCAGACAGGAAGUUCCAUCAUUUCAAUCCGGUUCUGGAGACCUACAUCCGCAAGCACUUCAGUGCCACCCUUGCUUACACAAAGCUGACAAAAGUCCUGAAGAACUAUGUGGAUAAUGCGGAGAAGCUCGCGGAGCAGCUGCUGAAAGCUCUGAAAGCUUUGGAUUACAUCUUCAAAUUCAUCGUGAGGUCCCGGGUUCUCUUCAACCAGCUCUACGAGAACAAAGGCGAGAGUGAUUUCAUGGAGUCCCUGAGGAAUCUCUUUACUUCGUUUAACUCCAUGAUGAACAGCAGUGCUGAGGGGACCGGCGGGGUCAAGGGCGCUGCACUGAAAUACGUCCCAACUAUCGUCAACGAUCUGAAACUGGUCUUUGAUCCAAAGGAGCUCAGCAAGCUGUUCAGUGAUUUUAUACUCAAAGUUCCUCUGGGGCGUCUGGUGAAGCAGAAGUUGAACUGCAUGAUUGACAUCGUCCACAGUGACCUGUUUACUCAGCAUGACUGCAGGGAGAUCCUGUUGCCUUUGAUGACGGAGCAGCUGAAACUUCAUCUGGAGAAUCAUGAAGAGCUGGAGUCCUGCUGUCAGCUUCUCAGCAACAUCCUGGAGGUGCUUUACAGGAAGGACGUGGGUCCGACGCAGUGGCACGUACAGAUCAUAAUGGAGAAGCUUCUGAGGACCGUAAACAGGACUGUAAUCUCCAUGGGACGAGACUCUUUUCUCAUAUUAAUUGCAUCUCUUAAUCUCGUGUGUUCCUGGAGCGACCGCAUGCAGGGAGAAUGAUCGGAGUGAAACUGCGUCAUCUAUCUGCCUCCCUGGAGUUCACCAUACCUCAGCUCAGCUAACUAAUAGAAAGAGAGACACUGUCUGCCCUGUGAUUCAGCAGCAUCACCCUGACAAACACUUCCAGCUUCCCUCCGAGGCCUGCGUGUCAAACUGCCUUUUUUAGUGCCAUGAUUCUGUGGAAAUAUAGGAGUGUUUGAUGCUCUGCU